CUUUUCAGCGACAAUAAAAAGCCAAGUGAAUGGGCAGCUCUCAACGCCUCUCAAGUUUCUGCAUUGUCGACUGGGCUGCAUAGUAAUCAAUAAUGAGGACUAGAGUUCUAAGUGCAUGCAUUGCCUUGAUUUUGCUGUGUUUGAGUAAAGUGAAUGGGCAGCUCAAUUCGACGUAUUAUGACAGUACGUGUCCAUCUCUAUUGUCGACAGUGAAAGCUGCUGUGACAGCUGCAGUCGCCAAAGAGAAACGGAUGGGCGCGUCGUUGGUCCGCCUUCACUUCCAUGACUGCUUUGUUAACGGGUGUGAUGGGUCAGUCCUGUUGGACGAUUCGUCGACCAUAACUGGAGAAAAGACUGCGGGCCCUAAUAACAAUUCCCUGAGAGGAUUCGAUGUAGUUGACACCAUUAAAUCUAAAGUGGAGGCCGUGUGCAGUGGAGUUGUGUCUUGUGCUGACAUUCUCGCCAUUGCUGCUCGUGACUCUGUGAUCGCAUUGGGAGGGCGUACAUGGACCGUGCAGCUAGGAAGGAGAGACUCGUUAACUGCAAGCCUGAGCGGUGCAAACAGCAAAAUUCCAGCUCCCACGCUGAAUCUCAGCGGGCUCAUCUCAGCUUUCACAGCUCAGGGUCUUUCUGCAAAGGACAUGAUUGUGCUUUCAGGUGCUCAUACGAUUGGUCAAGCUCGUUGUACUACUUUCAGAAGCCACAUCUACAACGAAACCAAUAUUUUGAGUUCAUUCGCCACUUCUCUUAAGGCUAACUGCCCUUUCAGUAGUGGAGAUGACAACCUGUCGCCGUUAGAUCUACAAACUCCCACAACCUUUGAUAACAAAUACUACAUAAAUCUGAAAAGCCAGAAAGGACUUCUUCACUCCGACCAGGAGCUAUUCAAUGGCGGAUCUGCUGAUUCUCAGGUGACCACAUACUCCAAUAAUCAGGCUACCUUCUUCAGUGAUUUUGCUACUUCCAUGGUGAAAAUGGGGAACAUCAAUCCCCUAACUGGUAGCAGCGGUGAAGUCCGAACAAAUUGCAGAAAGCCUAAUUGAUUUGUCCUUCACAACUUUAAUCGGGAUUUGUCGACAGGAUUCAUAGAUUACUCUGCAACUGUCAUGGUUCAAAAUAUAUAUUUCGCAAAACGUGUAGACCCAUAAAUGAGCUAUCAAUGAAAUGUUGACGUGAGUAUAGUGUUUUUCCUA